AUGACAUCCUCGCUUGCGACCGCAUCUGCCCUCAUCACGGGGGCCUCUCCAGCAGAUGCUUCUUUUUAUUCCCUCCCCUACGUCUCGGCUCUGCGGCACUGCACCGCCUCUGCGUAUGGCCCCACGCUCAAGUCUGUGGUAUCCUCGACCGCGGCGACAAGCCUGUACGGUGACGGCCUCGCCGAAUGUGUCGUGCGGUGCCGACUGGAGACGGAGCGUGAGGCGACGGAGUGCCUCACAGCCAUCCUCUUGCAAGAGCUGCCGCAGACAGAAACGUGUGGGCGACGGAGACGAAAUCCAUCUGCUACGCUGGACGUGACAGGCGCCGAGCGAGAGGGUUUCAGCGCUGCCAGCCAUCCCGCUGGGGUGGCGUUGCAUCGAAGUACAACCGGGGCGAGUCGGGCAAGCAGCAGGACCUCUUCGGCAAGGGCUUUGCGUCGUUUGAGCGUGAAGGAGCACAAUGGGGUAUCCUCGGCUCCUGCCGCCUCGUUAGCCGAGCCGUCCGCGAAAGAAAACGAGGCGGCCGCGACGCCGUUUCUCGGUGCCGCUGCUGCGCGCGCGCUUUGCUGCGACGCGUCGGCGCUACUCCUUCUUCGCAUCGGCCUGUGCCGCGCGCUCGGUUGGCCCGCACCCGUCAAGCUGCAGCUGAAAGGCGACGGCGGGGAUGAGGCGGGCUGCGACGAGGACGGGUCGGCCAAGAACGGCAGCGGAGCGUGCGGUCUGCCAACGCAGCUUGCAGACGCACUGCUCUCGCGGUCCAGCUACCCGAACCUCCUCAGGAGCCAGCGCGUGACCGAGCCGGGCGGUGUUUCGGAAGCCACGACAAACAUAGAGAGGAAGAGCGCGCACAUGUUCAUGCACAUGACCGACACGGAUCUCCGAAAUAGCACCAUUUUAGAAUGGGUGGAGGACGUACUCGUUUUCGCGCACUAUCAAGGCUUCACGGCGGUGCAGACGCAGUGUGUGCUGCUCGACAGCCUCCUCGUUCUCGACGUGGUGGACGGGCAUCUGGUAGACUCGACCGACGCCGCUGGUCACGUGCCGUUGGAGCAGCGAGUGACGGACGCGCUUCAGCAGGUCUUGUGCGCUCAAACCUGCCUGACGGUGACACGCACGGUCGACACGGUGUGCCGCUAUCAGCCGGUCACCAUCAAGGUGCCAGAUCCGGCGCAACUCGACGAGAUCGCUGAGAAGCAGCGCAAGACUACCUCGCAGAAGGCGUUAGCAGCCCUCGAGGCAGCGAAGCAGAGCAUCCCCCUCAUCUCGCAGACAGCGAUGCGAAAUGUGGAGGUGGAGGUGGAGAAGGAUGUCACGCUGCGCGCGGUCUUCACGAUGCCGGAGGCAGCGGCCAUUGCCGAGUACAUCACCCGCUCCGUUGUUACGCACAAGCGGCUGUGGGGCGUACUACUGGCACCGGUGACGGAAGAGCAGCUGCCGGCGCAGCCGACCCCGGCGGCAGCGGCAGCAGCGCCAGACGGGCUACACCGCCCUGUUGUCCACCACGACAUCUGUGUCUCUAUAGAAAACGUUCCCUCCAUUUACUUGCCACCACUAUCGGUCUUCCGCUCGGAGGCGCUGCAAGCCGUGGUGGAUGCGCAGCGGCGCCUCUACGAGGACUGCAAGGCCGAGCGUACACUGCAAUUCUCAACGGACUGGCAAGAGCCGCUACUGGCCAUCGCUGCGCAGGAGCUUAGCGAACGGUGGGUGCUGCAAGAGGCCGUGGCGCAGGUGGUUGCGGAGGACAGAGCUGCGGCGCUGACGUUGCAGCAGUGCGCUCGCGUAGAGCGCGCCUACGGGCUUCGACUAGAGGAUGUGAUGGAGUUCAACCCCCACGUGGUGCGCGGCGCGCCUUUCACCGCGUCCGAGCCACCCGCGGUAGCCGCCGCGCCUCUGUGUGCGCGCGCCAGCAGCAACAAACUGAAGAAGAACGGCCCAGGUGGGUCGAUCCCGUCGACGGCUGCCGCUCCCGUUCUUUCCACCGACGCUGCCGCCUCCGUUGUGCUGCCGGCAGACGCCACCUUCAGGAUCGCCGAGGUGGAGGUGCGAGUGGAUCGCAUUGCUGCCGCCGUCGAGGGGAUGGACGACGCCGGCGCCGCCUCCUCCGGUGCCUCGCAGCGUGUGGGAAGCCGCAAGCGCUAG